UGCACACACACUCUGGCAAACACACUUAACCCUCUGACAGUCAGAGCACACACAGCUCCAUCCACCGGUUAUAAGACGAGAGCCACUUCCAGUUAAAGGACAUACAGCUCUGAGGUCCAGGAUGGAUGCGCUGAAGAAGGGAUUCUCCAUGGCGAAGGAGGGAGUGGUGGCCGCCGCAGAGAAAACCAAGGCCGGGGUGGAGGAGGCAGCUGCCAAAACCAAAGAGGGGGUCAUGUACGUAGGCACUAAGACAAAGGAAGGUGUUGUGACAAGUGUAAACACAGUUGCCCAGAAAACGACUGAGCAGGCCAAUCUUGCGAGCGACGCCGCAGUGGCUGGAGCCAAUCAGGUGUCAGAAAAGGCAGUGGAGGGGCUGGAGAGUGUGGUUUCAUCCACUGGCAUUGUCAAACCGGGAGAGAUGCCGAAGCAGGAGGGAGCUGUAGAGCAGCCUGCAGACGCUGGACAGUAGAGAUGGGUGAUGUCACACUGAACCCCCCUGUGAUGCUCUGCUUCUUGCUUAAGAAGAGAGAGUAUUAGCUGCUGUGGACCAUGGCUGAAUAUUAUCAUACUAAACCUCAGAUGGACACUAAAUAGUAUCCAGUUAAACACAAAAAUCAAAGACACCCACCUCUCUCUCUUGCUUUGUCCUCACAAACAACAUCUUCUUACUUCAGUUUACCUCUUCACGUAAACCUAUCCUAUUCACAAGAAACAAGCUCAAGUAACAACAGUUAUUUAGCUAUGCAGUAUUCACAUAUACUAUGCAGUGCGUGUCAACAAAUUUGUGCUUAUAUUACAUGCAUGUGCUUGUGUUUUAGACAUUUUUAUAUAGGCAUUGUCUGUCUUUCUUACCUGCCCUAAAACCAGUUUUCCUCCACCCAACACAGUGAGGUCAACUAGAUGAUGUCUCAAACAAUCAGUGCGAGAAAGGGUUAAAAACAUUCCAGUCCAAACACACAGUCAGUGUAGUAUCCGAAACAGUUUUUGAAGGAGCAGAAAAAGACAGAAUCACAGAUUGAUUGAUGUGUGUAAAGCAUGCAGAUGCCUGGGUAAAUCAGAUUGAGUAUUAUCUUAAAGUGCGGUUAUAUAGUGAUGGGGCUUUAGUAAUGCUCUUAUAUGUAGUUUGCUAUAGGAGCCAUAAUAGACAACUCACAAAAUCUAAUGAUGUCAGAGCAGUUGCUUGGUUACAUGAUUUGUUUGCAUGCUGCCUCAUGACUACACUUUAACUGAUCCUAAUGUACUCGACUAAUUGUUCCCCUUCAAGUCUAAAAACAGCUAUUUGUUUUUAUAAAUAUACCAUCUAUAAUAAAAUCAGUUUUGUGAAAAAUAAA